CUCAUGAGAAGUUAGAAGUUAGAGAUGAUUGUAAAUUCAAAAAACCUAAUUUAAAUUUAACUGUGUGAAUUUAGAAUAGCAUUCAGAUAUUUGCUUAAUCGUUCAGUAUUGAAAUAAUUAACUUCUUUACUUGUAGGUAAAAUAGCUGUCCUGAUCCAUCAUUGCCUAACUACCAACAGUGGGCUUAGUUUUUUCCAUAUCCAUCAAUUUCAAAUAGCAGAUCUAUUCUUACUAUUUAUUUUUUAGAAAUUGAUCUUUGCUGGCAUGUUCAGUAUUUAUUGCCCAAGCCUAAUUGUCUUUGUGCAAUUGGAUCCUCGAUUUCCUCACUUGCAGACCCCAGUCAUUUUGGAUUGGCAACAACUUAUGGCCGUGAGGCUAGGCACAGCUGCAAUGCCAUUUUUACAUUUGUUGAUGACACCACUGUCAAUUGGCCGAAUCAGGAGGGAGAUUGAAAAUCUGGUUGAGUGGGGUCACAAUUAACAAUGUCACAAGACUAAGGAGCUGAUUAUUAAUAUCAGGAGGAGGAAACCGGAGAUCCAUGAGCCAGUCCAAAAUGGAGGCUCAGAAGUGGGGAGCGUCACCAAUUUUAAAUUCCUCAGUGUUAAUAUUUCAGAGGAUCUGUCCUAGGUCUAGCAUGUAAGUGCCAUUACAAUGAAAACACAGCUUUCUUGGAAAGUAGAGGCACUGCAUUGUUCACCAUGACAUCUAAGGCUUUGACAGCCCACUAUAGAUGGGUGUGGGAAACAUUUUGACUGGUUGCAUUGGAAACACGAAAGCCCUUGAAUGGAAACACCUACAAAAAGUAGUGGAUGUGGCCCAGUCCAUCGUGGGUAAAGUACUCCCCAUCAUUAAGCACAUCUACGCUGAGCGAUGUCACAGCAAAGCCGCGUCCAUCAUCAAGGACCCCCACCAUUUAGGCCAUGGUUUCUUCUCACUGCUGCCAUCAGGAUAAAGGUACAGGAACCUCAGGACACACACCACCAAGUUCAGGAACAAUUAUUACCCCUCAACCAUCAGAGUCUUGAACCAGAGGGGAAAUCUUCACUCAACCUCACUCACCCCAUCACUGAACUGUUCUCACAACCUGUGCACUCACUUUCAAGGACUCUUCAUUUGAUGUUGUUCAUAUUUACUGCAUGUUUAUAAUUAUUAUUUUUUUUCUUUUUCCCUUUCUUAUUGUACUUGUGCAGUUUGUUGUCAUUUGCACAUUGGUUGUCUGUCCAUCCUGUUGGUCGCAGUCUUUCAUUCUAUAGUAUUUCUUGUAUUUACUGUGAAUAUCUACAAGAAAAUGAAUCUCAGAGUUGUAUAUGGUGAAUUACAUGUACUUCGAUAAUAAAUUUAAUUUGAACCUUGAACUUUGGUAAGAAAGUAGCUAAUGCCAUCAGUUAAUUUGACAAUGUUAGGAAUUUGUAUAUACAGAAAAUUCAAGUUAUUAUCAACUCUACACCCCUGUAGCUAUUUUGCUGUUUCAUUGUCAAUUACAAAAAUAGGUUAUGUGGUCGGAAUGAACUGGUUGGGCCAAAGGGCCUGUUUCUGUGUUGAAUUGCUCAAUGAUUCCGUGACUAAGUAGGUGAUUGCUGAAUAAAACAACCCUUAUGAAAAAUCACAAUCAUGUCUUGUUAAAAGACUAGUGACUUAUUACAGCCUACUUAGCAUCAUUGGUCCUAAGCUGUUUAUACUAUAACCCUGUUGCUUCUAAAAAUGUUCAUGCUAGAUACUUACAUGUGAAGUUACUUUCAUUACAUGAUAAUAUUCGAUACAGGGUUGCAGAGGAGCUGACAUAACCAAAACAGAAAGUCAAAGGCUAGGAUGUUAAGUCUAAAGUCUGAAAACAAAGAAUUAAAUUACUUAUAUCCUUCCCCAGAGAGAGAGAGAAGACUGGAUCACUUUAUGGCAUUACAACCCAAUUCCAAUCUAGAAGCUCAGAUAAUAUUAUGAAUGGGCUUCCUGUGUGUUUCCAGCCCAUUCUAUUUUUGUACUUACAAUUGAAGAUUUGAAAGUUAAAGGUUUUGAAUGCUGUAUGAUGAUUAUGAGGAAAUUCUCCUCCUUCCAGACCAAGGCGGCCUUCUGAACCACUGCUACUAAGCUCUGAGGGGCCAAAGGGGCGGGAGCAGCCCCCUCCUUCCGGAGAAUCGCAAGAUCACUAUUAAUUCGGGUCUCGGACUCAGGAAAUGAGAGACAAUGCAACGGUUUUGGCCAUUGUUCUGUGUGAAGUGCAUGUCCCUGCUACGUGACAGCUACCAUGGUUAUGGACACCCUUGGGCAAUGUGGGGGUGGGGAUUGCAUCACCCUACAUUGAUGGACAUCUACAACUCUGCAAGUCAAGAUAAAAGGGGACUGCAGGAGGCGGUACCCCGGCGACGCACCAGAAGGACACCAUCACUCAGUGCUAGCGGGAAGCCCUACAAAGCCACGUGCGUUCCGCCCUUCCUUGGUCCAGGGAGCGGGUGGCUGAUAACACCGAAAAGGACUUCAAACUCACAACGGGGAACCAACGCUCCCCUGAUUCAAAGGAUGUUUCAUAAAGACCCGGCAAGUCUUUACUUUUCUCACCAAUCUCUCUCUCUCUGUCGCACCACGUGAAACCCAGCGAUUCCCAAAAGGCUGAAGCCUGCAGACUUCUGAGUGACUUUUAUAUUUCCAACGGACAAUAUAUUAUCCCCUAGACAACAGUCGAGAUGAUUUCUUAAUGAUGAUUAUUGCUAUACCCGUGCUUUAGAUUGAGGAUUGUCGACGUGCAUUAUCUGAAUGUUUGUAUUAACCUUACUUUUGUGCCCCUUUAUAAAUAAAAACAUUUGAAAAUAGUGACAUCAGACUUCAACGGACCUCUUUAUCUUUGCUGGUAAGUUAUCCAGUUACGGGAUACGUAACAACUUGGGUUUCUCGUCUCGGGAUUUGACACCAAAUUGGGAGGCCAGUGAAUCGGGCUUGUAAGUCCAAAACUUGAAUCUGGUUACACGGGUAGCCAGACGGGAAACCAGCAAAGAUGGACGUGGGUGAAUUUAUGAAAAACCCGACUGUGGGGGUGCUAGAGGCGGCCACCAAAUCAGACUUGUUAAAUUUGGCGAAGGGGUUGACCCUCGCAGAAGUGAGGUUGUCCAUGAAAAAGCGGGAGGUGCGAAGGGCCAUAACUCAGUAUUACAUUGGGAAGAAUGUGUUUGAAGCUGAGGUAUUGGAAGAUAUCCCUGAAAAGGUACCAUCAAGUGGGAUGGUUCAGUUAGAGGUAGAGAAAUUAAGGUUGGAACAUGAAAUUAAGUUAAAAGAGCUGGAAGCAGCUGAGAGAGAGAAAGAAAGGGAGCAGGCUUUCCAGCUAAAGGGGUUAGAGGCGAAAAAGGAGCAGGACCAAGCUGAGAGGUAAAGACAGCAUGAAAUUCAGCUAAAGGAGCUAGAAGCACUCGAGAAAGAGAAGGAACGGGCUGAGAAAGAGAAACAGAGGAAACAUGACUGGGAGAUGGAGAAGAUAAGGAACGAGCAAAGAGAUCCAGGGUUAGACCGAGCGGAGCGGUUUAAUGUUAGUAGGGAGUUGAGAUUGGUGCCCCCGUUCGAGGAGACCGAUGUUGAUAGUUAUUUCUUGCUUUUUGAAAAGGUGGCAGUAAAUCAGAAGUGGCCAAAAGAGCAGUGGGUGGCAUUGUUACAAAGUGUGUUAAAGGGGAAGGCCCAACGAGCAUAUGCGGCGUUGUCCCUGGAGGAGGGAGAAGCGGAGAAUUAUGCUUAAGUAAAGGAGGCCAUUCUCCGGACUUACGAAUUGGUACCUGAGGCCUAUAGACAAAAGUUUAGAAAUUUAAGGAAAGGGUGGAAUCAAACGUAUACCGAGCUAGACCAUGAGAAGGGGGUGCUCUUGGACCGUUGGUGCACCGUGGAAAGGGUGGACGAGGAUUAUGGGCGUCUCAGGGAGUUACUUUUGAUUGAGGAAUUUAAAGGUUGUGUUCCGGAGGAGAUCCGGAUGUAUUUGAAUGAGAAGCCGGAUAAGUCCAUUUCAGAAUUUGCUAGGUUUGCGGACAAAUACGUCCUAACCCACAAGACAAAGUCUUCCUCAAAUAAAAGUUCCCAGAGAGACCGUGGGAACGAUCGAGAAAGUCCGAUGAGUGAGGCACUGGGAGCUAGCGGUAAGGUUGAGGGGGAAAGGCAAGACAGCCAGAGGUUUCCGGGUUUGACCUGUUUUAAUUGUGGAAAGGAGGGGCAUAUUGCAUCUCGAUGCUUUGCUCUGAGGAAAGAGAUAGGAAGAGGGAAAGCCGCAGUCCCUAUCGGGUGUGCUGUGGUAAUCAAUAAAUCGACCAGAGAGCCGAGGGUAGACAGAGUAUGAGAAGGCUCUGAGAGUUGUCUGUCACACGGAACGGUGUCUGUGACAGAGGGAGACCAGUUCCCGUACGAAGCUGGAGGGACAUGGGGGCUGAGCUGUCGUUGAUCAGCAGUAAGGUACUAGAAUUUGGUCGGAAAACGGGCAUGGUAAAGGUAGAAGGAAUAAAUAAAAGGAUAGAAAUGGUGUCCUUAUACAAGGUCAUUCUGGAUUGUGAGCUGGUGUAUGGAUCAGUUGAAAUAGGGGUGCCAUCAGAAUUCCCGAGAGCUGACGUGGACAUUCUGCUUGGGAACGAUUUAGCAGGGGGUAAGAUUUGGUCAGCCAUGCUGCCGACCUGCCGACCGGCGAGUGUGGUGGCCCCGCCCCUAGCGUCCAAGGGCUAUCUUGAAGGCGCGGUCACUCGCAGCCUGUCGAGAGAGGCAGCUGAGAACGAGGGCAGUUUAAAUCUGGCCAGUGUUGUUUUGGCCGAGAUGUCUUUGCUGACCCUGUGCCAUGAGGGUUUAGAGGGUGGUAAGACGAAGAGUAUUAAAGUGAGAGGGGGUAAGGGAGAGGAGGUAGAUCUGCCCUUAGCGAAGAGAAAGGUCCUAGAGAUAGGAAAUAAAGAUGAGAAACAGAUAAAGCUGUUAAAAGGUCCAGAGUUGGACAUGGAUGAUCUGUCUGGUUUGGCAGAAUUGUUUGAAGAAGUUGAGAGUUCAAAAGGUGUUCCCGAUAAUGAGGUGAGGGCAGUCCUAGAUGGAAAGGGUACCCUUGCCUCAAAGAAGUCUGCUGAAAAGGCCGAGAAGGUUGUUUCAGCUCGCAGGGUUGCGCCUUCCCCGGGCGGGGGCUGCCCAGAGAGUAACUGGGAGGAUCGGGGGAAGUUAGAAUUUGAAAAAGGUACAGGUGUUGAAAGCCUGGAAGAGGCCAAUGUCCCGUUUGAGUGUGUCCGAGAUGGGGAUGCACGUGGUACUGAACCUGGUAACGGAGCUCAGAAGAAGUCUGAGGUAUUUGAUUCAGUGGAACGGGGCGGCCGUCCUUGUGGGUCAGUUAGACUUGGUUCAGUGGAAAAAGGGGUAACCUUGGUAACCGUGGGAAGUGUGACUUCCCCGGUGUUUGCAUUCGAAGGUGGGUUCAAAGUUAAUGCAGAAUUUAAGAAUGGGGGGAUGAGGAUUAUUAUUGAAGGAAACGGAAAGUCUGUAGUUCCAAAAUCGAAGGAAGAAAUCUUAAACUUGGCAGAUCGCUCACAGAGUGAGCUGGGAGAUAGCGGGGCCCCCCACUCUAUUGUUAUGCCAGGAUGGGAAGUGAAGAGGCCGCGUUCGAAAUGCUACUUGAACGAAGAGUUCAAAUUGAAAACCCAUAUCCUGAAGGGUACUGACAAAAGGGCUGGCCACCUGGGUAAAAUUAAAGAAUUGGGUGGAAAUGGUCUAAGUUUGGGGCAUGGUGUUGAUAAAAUAGCCCCGAUGAACGAGGUGGGUGGGAGUUCACCAAGCAAAAGAACUCAAGUUCCCCACGGGGGGACUCGCCGGAAAAGGGGCGACGGUUAAUUGGGAUGCCAUUUUUAAACAGCAAAGCAGGUUGAAUGGGGUUGCACCAAAGCCUGUGAAUAAUAAAGACAGCCCCUUUGGAGACCUGCCGGUUAAGUAAAACGACCGAAACGAUUAGUAUUCACAUACACUUUUGUAGAUGCACCUAAGCUAAGAUCACACCUCCUUAGUUCUGUUACUGAAGAAGAAAAAAAAUAGGUGGUUAUUGAAUUGAAGUCUGAUGCUACAAGACUUUAGUACAGUACGCGAUGUUAAGAUAUUAAAGAAAGGGACACUGUAACCGUUAACUGUUUAGAUACUGACUUGAAUGUAUAAUGGUAGUUCUCUGUAGUUAAAAGAAAAAGCUUAGGUAUUGUGUUAGAUUAAAAAUCCUGUAAGACUCUGUACAACUCCGUUUUUAACCGCUGGUAAAAAACGUUUUUAAGAGGGGAGGUGUUAUGAAUGUACCACAGCUCUGAGGGGCCGAAGGGGCGGGAGCAGCCCCCUCCUUCCGAAGAAUCGCAAGAUCACUAUUAAUUUGGGUCUUGGACUCAGGAAAUGAGAGACAAUGCAACGGUUUUGGCCAUUGUUCUUAGAGACACCUGUGCUAAGUGCAUGUCCCUGCUACGUGACAGCUACCACGGAUAUGGACACCCUCGGGCAAUGUGGGGGUGGGGAUUGCAUCACCCUACGUUGAUGGACAUCUACAACUCUGCAAGUCAAGAUAAAAGGGGACUGCAGGAGGCGGUACCCCGGCGACGCACCAGAAGGACACCAUCACUCAGUGCUAGCGGGAAGCCCUACAAAGCCACGUGCGUUCCGCCCUUCCUUGGCCUGGGGAGCGGGUGGCUGAUAACACCAAAAAGGACUUCGAACUAACAACGGGGAACCAACGCUCCCCUGAUUCAACGGAUGUUUCAUAAAGACCCGGCAAGUCUUUACUUUUCUCACCAAUCUCUCUCUCUGUCGCACCACGUGAAACCUAGCGAUUCCCAAAUGGCUGAAGCCUGCAGACUUCUGAGUGACUUUUAUAUUUCCAACGGACAAUAUAUUAUCCCCUAGACAACAGUCGAGCUCAUUUCUUAAUGAUGAUUAUUACUAUACCCACGCUUUAGAUAGAGGAUUGACGACGUGCAUUAUCUGAAUGUUUGUACUAACCUUACUUUUGUGCCCCUUUAUUAAUAAAAACGUUUGAAAAUAGUGACAUCAGACUUCAACGGACCUCUCUAUCUUUGCUGGUAAGUUAUCCAGUUACAGGAUACGUAACAGUAUUGCAUUGAACUGCUGCAGCUAAAUUAACAAAUUUCACAACACAUGCUGGUGAUAAUUUCACAACACCUGAUUCUGAUUCCGAUCUUUGAAGAAUCACUAAAUUCUAGAAUGGUUCGGAGA